CGCCCGCAGCGAUGGGAAAUCCAGUUAUCAAAAUGACUCCAGAAAAGAGAACCUAACAUCCAUUAACAAUGGGAAAUAUUGAAAACGUUAUCAAAAAGCUACUAUUCCUCAAAACACCAGGCCCAGAUGGUGUCACAGGUUAAAAAAAAUCCUUCAUGAAGAAGACAGAUCUUAAGCCACAUGAUGGAUUCAGAAGCUCAUAAAAAGAGGUCGCCAAUCAUAACAUCUUCAAAACAAGAUAAAUCACCUCAUAUUAUAGAUGUUGGUGAAAGGAAACAUUAUUUGUGUGGCUGCUGUGCAGCUUUCAGCAACGUAGCGAUCACAUUCCCCAUUCAGAAGGACCUCUUUCGGCAACAACUGUAUGGAAUCAAAACCAGGGAUGCAGUGCUUCAGUUGAGGAGGGAUGGAUUUCGAAACUUGUAUCGCGGAAUUAUUCCCCCAUUAGUGCAGAAGACAACUACACUGGCACUUAUGUUUGGUCUGCAUGAGGAUUUAUCUUGCCUUCUCCGUAAGCAUAUCAGUACCCCAGAUUUUGCAACCCAUAGCAUGGCAGCAAUUUCAGGGACAACAGAAGCAAUUUUCACUCCAUUGGAAAGAGUUCAGACACUGCUUCAAGACCACAAGCAUCAUGAUAAAUUUACAAACACUUACCAGGCUUUCAAGGCACUGAAAUGCCAUGGAAUUGGAGCGUAUUAUCGAGGCUUGAUGCCUGUUCUUUUCCAUAAUGGGUUCAGCAAUGUCCUGUUUUUUGGCCUUCGGGGUCCCAUUAAGGAGCACCUGCCUACUGCAACAACUUACAGUGCUCAUUUGGUCAAUGAUUUUAUCUGUGGAGGUCUAUUGGGUGCCAUGUUGGGAAUCUUGUUUUUUCCAAUUAAUGUUGUAAAAACUCGCAUGCAGUCUCAGAUUGGUGGGGAAUUUCAGUCUUUCCCCGAGGUUUUCAAAAUAAUCUGGUUAGAACGAGACAGGAAACUGACAAAUCUUUUCAGAGGUGCCCAUCUAAAUUACCACCAGUCCCUCAUCUCUUGGGGCAUAAUCAAUGCAACUUAUGAAUUCCUGUUAAAGAUUACAUGAAAGAAAUAAUUAAGUGCCAUUUACCAACUGACUAGACCUUUAAAGAAUAAUGUAGUUUGGCCUCGUUCCUAAUUGGCCAAUAUAAGUUGUUGUCGUAAGUUCAGGGCACAAUGAAUUAUGGCAAAGCUAUUUUCCUUAAGCACCAACAAAUGCAGAAUAAAAGGUUUC